UAGCCACACCAACCAUGAGGAGCUUGGUGGUGCUAGGGCUUAUUGCCUUCGUGGCUCUCGCCUCAGCUAAGGACCUUCGGGAGCAGCAAUCUGAUCUCGAACCAGCUGCGUCCCACCACGGAGGAAAAUGGGACAAGGGAGGCGGCCACGAGCACCAUGGUCAUCACCACCACGACCACGGCCACCAUGACCACAAAGGACACAAGGGACACCACGAACACCACCACGGUCAUAAAGGACACCACCACCAUGAAGGUCACAAGGGCCAUCACGGUGAACACGGCGGCCACAAGAAACACCAUCACCACGAUGAUGGCUACCACCACCACCAUGAUCACGGCGAGAAAGGCCACCACGGGCACGGUCAUGAGGAGCACGGCCACUUCCACAAGGGUCACGACACGAAGGGACACCAUGAAGUCGACAAGCAUGAUGAGUUCAAGAAGGACAAGCACUUCCACCACCAUCACGGCGAGAAAGGUUUCCAUGAGCAUCACGGUGGUCAUCACCACGAAGGCGGUCACAAGAAGGGAGGCCACCACCACCACGGACACAAGCACGGCGGUCAUCAUGAGCAUCACCAUGGCAAGAAGGGUCAUCACCAUAAGGGAGGUCACCACCACCACCACAAGGGACACCAUGACGAGGGUGGUCACCACGACCACUGGCAUCACCACCACGACCAUGGCAAGAAGGGAGGUCAUGAGGACCAUAAGCACUGGGGACACAAGAAAGGUCACUAAAAAGCAUUUCUCUGACUCGUUGUUAUUCGUUGAUGUUUUGUUUUUUGUUAUGUUUUUUACUAGCUUUACCGCAAAAAGUUAUAGCCUCAGUAUUUUUUAAUGCAGGUACUGUGUCACGACUGACUCGUUAAAUUUUAUUACUCCUGUGAUAGCUGACUACUUACUGAUAUAGUAUUUUUAAAAUCGGUUGAGUACUUUGAACAACAAACUCCUUGAACCGACUUUAAAAAUAAUAGUUCUGUUCUUAUUUACAUGUGUGAUAUAAGUGUGUAAAUAAAAAGCAAUUAUUAUUAUGUUUAUAAAAUAAAACAUGUCCAAACAUAAUUUAUAAUUUGUUGACAUAAAUUAAAAUUAUUUGGCAUGUUUUAUUUUGUAAGCUACAUGUUAUUUUUAUGUUUGUACAACUUUAUCAAAUAAUAAAAUUGAAUUUUAUAAAAAA